AUGGCAUGGCGAGGUGAUUCCAAGACAGCCUGGUUUCAGCUUUUCUGUCGAGAGCGAAGUCUGCCAAUGUCUCGGUCACGGUUGAGUGAACCGUCAAAAUGGCGAGAGAAAAGCGAAAGUGUCAAGAGACUCUGUCUUCUACGAAUGAUGCGUCUGGCAACGGAGGGAAGCGGAUGUGGAGUAGCUGCAACGAAUAGGACUGACAGAAGGGAAAAUGCAGCAUCUGCGAUCUACAGCCUCGGGAUGAGCAGGCAGAACAUGAUCGCAUUGGGUCGUUGA